AUGAAUCGUGGGUUAGCUGAUACUAGCAUCAAAAAUCACCUACAAGCAAAAGAUUUAAUUCUGUGUAAUGAAAUAUCUACAUCAUUAGGCGAAUUUAAAAAAUUUCUUAUUGAACAAAAAAAGCAUCAUGAAGAGUUAGCUGCCCUAUCUUAUGACCAUUUAAUUACUUUACGUGAUGAACUGAAAACUUUGAAUCAACAAGUAUCAUCUUCAAUAUCUAGCCUGCGGCAUACUUCUACAGCUAUUUCACGUUUAAAAGCGGAUGUUUUAAAAGAAGAGAAAAAUGCUGAACUGGCUCAUAAAACAUCUGAACAUGGAUUAAGCAUUAAAAAUGAUAGCAAUGAGAUAACAAGUUAUUUUAUGAAGAAAAUUAAUGAUUUCGAUACAAGAAUGAAGUUGUAUAAACAGGAAUUAGAAGUAUUUGAAGAGAAUGUUUACUCUCAACCAUUAACUCCAAUGACUCCAAGAGACUGUGAAGCGAAUUAUUUAAAGAAAUACCGUCUGUGCUAUGGAUCAGCGCGAAAUCCAUUUGGUGAUAAGGAUGAUUUUUGCCACAAUAGUCAAAUUGAAGUUGAUAGUUUGUUUGGAAGUAAAGGGAGGAAGGGUUCGUCUUUCUCAAGUCCAUAUGGCCCUUCUCCAUUUCUAACGUCUGAUGUGCCUGUUACAUCAAGCUCCAUUACUAGUGCUGAAAAAACUUCCAUCAUUCCAUCUCUUUCUUCUGCCAUACCUUCAAGUACUACACCGUUGAGUCAGCAGUUUGGAACAGUUGUAUCCACUCAGUCUGCGCCUUUCUUCUCACAAACUGGUGUCUUGGGUAAUAGUGGUCUUACUACUGCUGGUACAACAUCAAGCUUAUUGAAACCGGUAUUUGGAUUCGCACCGACAGUAUCCGCUGCUGCUACUACUGCUACAGGUUUCUGUCUGUUUGGUCAAAGCACUGGUUUAAAUACACUAAGCGGCGGACUUGGCAAUAUUGCCACCAGUGUGGGAGAUAGUCCAUUUGGGAAAAGAUUUGCAUCUUGA